UUUGGAGAAAUUGGCCAAUGAACAAUUUGAGAUUCCCUUGAUAUGUCCACCUCCUCGCUUAUGCACCGACAAUGGUGUAAUGAUCGCUUGGGCUGGAGUUGAAAGAUUCCGUGUAGGUCUAAUGGAUGAUUAUACCAUAGACCACGCGCCAAAAUGGCCGAUAGAAAGUCUAUCGGAUGGAAUGGGUUGA